UCCUCCCUCUAUUGACACAGCAGGAGCAUCGUCUCCCCGUGACGUCAUGACAGCAGCAGCAUCAGCUGUUAGCUCCGCUGUAAGCCGCUGUCCGUCGCUCCCCGCACAAAGUCAACAUAUAUGAGAUCCCCUCCAAUCCCUGAAAUGGCGACUCAGGAGGUACAGCUGAACGAGACUCUGGCUCAUCUGAAGACCGAGUCGGAGACGCUGAAGACGAAACUGGAGGAGGAGAGAGCCAAGCUGCACGAUGUCGAGCUGCAUCAGGUGGCGGAGAAGGUGGAGUCUCUGGGUCAGUUUGUCAUGAAGACCCGCAGAACCCUGAAGGGACAUGGCAACAAGGUCCUGUGUAUGGACUGGUGUAAAGACAAGAGGAGGAUCGUCAGCUCCUCACAGGACGGAAAAGUGAUUGUAUGGGAUGCCUUCACCACCAACAAGGAGCAUGCUGUGACAAUGCCGUGCACCUGGGUGAUGGCCUGUGCCUACGCUCCAUCUGGCUGCGCUGUAGCUUGUGGGGGCCUGGAUAAUAAAUGCUCUGUGUAUCCUCUGUCUCUGGAUAAAAACGAGAACCUAGCUGCAAAGAAGAAGUCAGUGGCGAUGCACACAAACUACCUGUCUGCUUGUAGCUUCACCAACUCAGACAUGCAGAUCCUGACAUCCAGUGGUGAUGGAACAUGUGCAUUAUGGGAUGUUGAGAGUGGGCAGCUGCUGCAGAGUUUCCAUGGACAUGCAGCAGACGUACUGUGUCUGGACCUGGCUCCGUCUGAGACAGGAAACACUUUUGUUUCAGGGGGCUGCGAUAAGAAGGCUAACGUGUGGGACAUGCGUUCAGGACAAUGCAUUCAGUCCUUUGAAACUCAUGAAUCAGACAUAAACAGCGUGCGAUACUACCCAAGUGGAGAUGCUUUUGCAUCUGGAUCAGAUGAUGCCACAUGUCGGCUUUAUGACUUGAGGGCAGAUAGAGAAGUGGCUAUUUAUUCCAAAGAUAGCAUCAUAUUUGGGGUCUCCAGUGUUGAUUUCUCACUCAGUGGACGGCUACUGUUUGGUGGGUACAACGACUACACUAUAAACGUCUGGGAUGUUCUCAAAGGAACACGGGUCUCUAUUCUGUUUGGACAUGAGAACCGUGUCAGCACGCUGCGUGUCUCUCCCGAUGGUACGGCCUUCUGCACAGGAUCCUGGGAUCACACUCUUCGGAUCUGGGCUUGAGCGUCGAGCCACAGUGACCUAGAUGCUGAAGACACACUGAUGUUUCUGUUUGCUAGAAAACAAUCACAGAGAUGGAAACACUUCUUGGAUGUAGAUAGAGCAUUUCAAUAGCUUUGUACAUACUCCAGUCUCCUGGACAAGGAUAGAUUUACAUGUCAAAGAGUAAUUAAACCAAAUGGCACGCUUACAUUUCAUUAAAACUGAAAGAAAAUAGCACAGAAAUAUAGGUGCAACUUUUAUUUUAAAAAAAUGAAGAAAAUAUAAAUAGUAGUAACUUGCAUUGGUCUAGGCUAGAAGUGAUUCAGUAAAGUUAUUAUUACAUUUGUCCACUUGAAAGGAAAUUAGCUAUUUAUUUAAUUUACACAAGGUAAUAAAAAGAGCAAAAGCAUUUAGAGAAGGAAGACUAAAUAAGUCUGAUUAUAUCACUGAUUGGACCUAGAGGGAGGAUAGGAUAGCCCCUUCUGUGUGAAGUCAACACCAUGAAGUUUUAAAAAAGGCACAGAAAAUUAUAUAUUUCAGUUUUAAACCAGUUGAGCUGUGGACUAGAGAAAUCUCUGGCCUUAAAUACAAAAAAAAAUCUGCUAAUUUGAACUAUUAUUCAAAGAAACAGACAAAAAUGUCACUAUUAUCAAUGAUGGUUCACCUGUCAUACUUAUACUAAGAAGGUAGAUAAAAAGUUUUACAUUCAUGUUGAUUUCUAUCUUUAGUUAUACAAAUUGUUCACUUCCUGUUUACUUUUCUGCUGUAUAAGAAACCAAAAAGUCUACGAAUUCAGUAACAACUGACCACAUUAUUUAUGCAUUUAUUUAUUUUUGUGGUUCCCCUCUUGUGGUUUUACAUUUAGGGAGAUUAGGAAAAUGUAGUCCCUCCUGUGCAGCUUUGAUGGCUGUAAAGUUCACAUUCACUGUAAUUAUUUUACUGUAGUUUAGUGUACAGAUAUCCAAGGGACUGUUAUUCAGAAUAUUACAAACAUAAUAAACAGAAUUUUGAAUAUUG